GAUGUAAUGUUCCCUCUCAAUCACCUCAAUGGCAUUUUCGUAAAAAUAAAAUAACGGUCACUAUCUGCUAGCUAAACGUCGUCGUUCUUUUGGGCUUCUCCUCAUCCUCCUCUUCCCAUGCACGCAGUCUUUUUCAUAAUCUCUCAGCAAAGUCCAGCAGUGAAACGCCACCGUUCCCGCCGCAAAAAGAGAAGAUUAAUUCUUCUUUUUAGAAGAAAAAUGAAGCGAAAAGUUGAAGAAGAUGAGAAGAAUGAGAAAAUCGUUCGCAACCUCAUGAAGCUUCCAAGCAAUCGCCGUUGUAUCAACUGCAAUAGCCAGGGACCUCAAUAUGUCUGCACAAAUUUUUCGACUUUUGUUUGCGCAACGUGUAGUGGAAUACAUCGUGAGUUUUCGCAUCGGGUUAAAUCAGUAUCAAUGGCCACAUUUACCGCUGAAGAUGUUGCAGGUCUUCGUGAAGGUGGGAACGAGCAUGCAAAGGAAGUAUAUUUUAGACAAUGGGAUUCGCAACAUCAAUCUCUUCCUGAUAACCGUAAUGUUGAGGGGCUCAGGAAAUUCAUUAAGCAUGUGUAUGUGGAUAGAAGAUAUUGUGGUGAGAAGGGUACUGUUAAUAGGCCUUCGAUUCCUAAGAGGGUUGAAAGGGAAGAUUCUUUUACUUAUCGUAAUGGUGUUCAUAGAAUGCUUUCUUCGAAUAUCUUUGAACAACGCAGCACUGAAAGAUCUUUGAAUAAGAGUAAUGUUGACGGGCCUUUAACUCCUAAGAGGGUAAGCUAAUUACUUUAACAUGGUCUGCAAGAAAUGUUUAUUUGUGUUGAAAGGAUAGUGAAUUAGUGAUUCAAUCUACUUGAAGAUGCAUUCA